UGAUUGUCUGAUGAGUUGCCUGUUCCGAAUUAUCUUUACAGGUAAAUGUAAUCUGAUGGAAAAACUAAACUGUUUAUUUUUCUUGUUACUUUUACACUGUUUUUUGAGUGAAUCUCCAAUUUUGUCUGAUUUUUACAGUUUUGCUUGAUAAUUUAAUUGUGUGCUUAAUGGACAAAUCGUGAAUAAAUUUUUCCAAAAAUGUCUGAAUCUCAACAAGUAAGUCAUAUUAAAAAUUUAGUUGCUGGUGGUUUCGGUGGAGUCUGUUUGGUUUUUGCUGGUUAUCCUCCUGAUACCAUUAAAGUGAGACUUCAGACUAUGCCGAAACCAGCUCCAGGCCAAUCUCCAAUGUACAAAGGAACAUUUGAUUGUGCAAAACAAAUUGUGACUAAAGAAGGUUUCACUGGUCUCUAUCGUGGUAUGCUCGCUCCACUGGUUAUCUCUGCUCCGACAUUUUCGCUCUGUUUCUUUGGUUUCGGAGUCGGUAAAAAGUUACAACAAUCGCAUCCUAAUGAAGAGUUAACAUUACCACAACUAUUUAAUGCCGGAAUGUUGUCGGGUGUUUUUACCACUGGAAUAUUAGCUCCAGGAGAAAGGAUAAAAUGUUUAUUACAAGUUCAAAGGGCUAAUCCAAAUGCAGUUCAACAAUUUAAAGGACCAGUUGAUUGUGCCAAAGCACUUUAUCGUCAAGGAGGUAUUAGGAGCAUUUAUAAAGGAACAGCAGCUACAUUAUUGAGAGACGUACCUGGUAACGGUACCUAUUUUAUGAGUUAUGAGUGGAUUCAACGCGUGUUAACACCUGAAGGUAAAUCUAGAAGUGAUUUAAGUGCCGGUCGUACGAUUAUUGCCGGUGGAAUGGCUGGUGUUUUCAAUUGGAUUGUUGCGAUUCCAGCUGAUGUUCUCAAAUCACGCCUGCAGACAGCUCCAGAAGGUACUUAUCCUAAUGGUAUCAGGGAUGUUUUCAUCAAAUUAAUAAGAGAAGAAGGGGUUAAAACUCUUUACCGAGGUGCCACUCCAGUUUUCCUUCGAGCUUUCUCCGCAAACGCUGCAUGUUUCCUUGGUUAUGAAUUUGCAAUGAAAUUUCUCCAUUGGUUAGCUCCCGAUCUAUAAUAAACCAUCCAACCUGCAGGAAAUAUUUAAGUGUCAAUAGAACUAUCUUGUUAGUUUAGAGCAUUUAUUUCUAUUAAAGGUUGGAGUUUGAUAUUCAACUGAUGAAUGAAAAAUAUCGUAUGAUGUCAAGGUGGGCAAACUUGUAAGUAUAGAUGAGAUCAUUUAAUUCAUCUCUCUCAGCACCAACCAAAAAAUUAACAUCAUUGAAUUUACGAAUAUUAAAUGCUACUUCCAGCUAAAUUGGUAGGAAAUCAUCCCCAAAA